AUGGCUUCUUCACUCUCUUUCACUUCGCAUCUCGUCAACUUCCCCAUUUCCGAUCCUAAACUAACCAACAGAAACCCCACUUUCCAAUCCCUGAAACUCCCCCUUCCUUCAAUUCACUGCGGUAUUCGUGAACUACGACAAAGAAUCGACACAAUCAAGAACAUCCAAAAAGUUACAGAAGCAAUGAAACUAGUUGCAGCCGCCAAGAUUCGUCGAGCCCAAGAAGCAGUCAUCAGUACUCGACCCUUUGCUGAAACCCUUGUUGAUAUGUUGUACAACAUCACCCAACAGCUUCAAUUAGAAGACGUAGAUAUACCCUUAACAGAAAUAAGACCAGUAAAGAAAGUUGCCCUUGUUGUUAUUGCAGGUGAAAGAGGUCUUUGUGGGGGUUUUAACAAUGGGAUUUUCAAGAAAGCAGAGACCCGGAUGGCGGAAUUGACGAAUCUUGGAAUUGGGUAUACUUUGAUUAGUGUUGGUAAGAAGAGUAAUGCUUAUUUUCGUCGUAGGAAAGGGGAAUUUGUUGAUAGAUUUGUUGAAGGUGAGAGUUUUCCGAAUGCUAAAGAGGCUCAGGUUAUAGCUGAUGAUGUUUUUUCUUUGUUUAUUAGUGAAGAAGUUGAUAAAGUAGAGCUUUUGUAUACUAAAUUUGUUUCGUUGAUUAAAUCUGAUCCGGUGAUUCAUACUUUGCUCCCAUUAACGUCGAAAGGAGAGGUUUUUGAUGUGAAUGGGAGAAGUGUUGAUGUAGAUGAAGAUGAGUUUUUUAGGUUGACUACUAAGGGAGGGAAAUUGACUGUGGUGAGGGAUCAUUUGAGGGUGAAAAAGGGGGAAUUUUUGCCUAAUUUAGAGUUUGAGCAAGAUCCUGCUCAGAUUCUUGAUGCAUUGAUGCCUCUAUAUUUGAAUAGCCAGAUUUUGAGGGCACUUCAAGAGUCAUUUGCAAGUGAGCUUGCAGCUAGGAUGAAUGCAAUGAGUAGUGCAACGGAUAAUGCCGUUGAGUUGAGGAGGGACCUUUCUAUUGCUUAUAAUCGGGAAAGGCAGGCGAAGAUCACAGGUGAGAUAUUGGAAAUUGUUGCUGGAGCAGAUGCACUUACAUAGCUGCGUCGAUUCUGGUAUUUGGAUUCUCA